CAAGCACGCGCGCGCCAGGAUCGACCUUGAACCGUUUCGUUCGGCCAUCUUGGAUCGUUCAAUACUCGCCGCAUUUGUAUUACUUUGCCGCUCUCGUAGCACCCACACACCCUUCUAUUAUGGGACAAACGAAAGAAGAAUUGGUUCUAAAGGCAAAAUAUGCCGAACAGACGGAAAGAUACGACGAUAUGGCCGAUGCUAUGAAGAAGGCAACAGAGCUUAGUCCAAAACUUGAGCAGGAGGAGCGAAACUUGCUCUCGGUGGCUUACAAGAACGUGGUAGGAGCCAGGCGUUCGUCUUGGAGGGUUAUUUCUAGUAUAGAACAAAAAGCAGAUAACUCCGAGAAAAAAGAACAAAUGGCUAGGGAGUACCGAGAGAAAAUAGAAGCGGAAUUGAAGGAGGUUUGCAGAGACGUUCUGGAUUUGUUGGAAAACCAUCUUAUUCCAAAUGCUGCGGAUGCUGAAUCAAAGGUAUUCUUCUUAAAAAUGAAGGGUGAUUAUCAUCGGUACCUGGCUGAAGUUGCUUCUGGUGAUGACAGAAAAAAUGUUGUUGAGGCUUCAAAGAAAGCCUACACUGAAGCCAUGGAAGCCUGUAAAGACAAAGAUAUGAAGACCACUGAUCCGAUUCGUCUGGGAUUGGCUUUGAACUUUUCUGUUUUCUACUAUGAAAUCUUAGAAGACCAGGCACAAGCCUGUAAAUUGGCCAAACAGGCAUUUGAUGAUGCCAUAGCUGAGCUUGAUAGCCUUACUGAAGAUGCAUAUAAGGACAGUACAUUAAUUAUGCAGUUGUUGAGAGAUAACUUGACUCUUUGGAACUCACAGGAAGGAGAGGAGGGCAAUGACGAAUAGUAGUUUUACACCUUUGUAGUCCUGUUUGAGAAUGCUAGAGAAACAGUUUGUGACAUUUCUUAAGUAAUGUCAGAUUCUGCAUCCCUUGUUCCAUAUGAUAAUACAUAUGAUAAUACUAACAUCCAUCCUCUUGGCCUGUAUUUGUAUCUGUUGCUUUGUGUGGCUUGUAAGUGCGUUUUUGUUAAUGUAUUAUAUGUAUUAGUUUAACUUUAGGGAUUAGUUCAAUCUAUUUUUAUGAGAGUCUCUUUAAAGGAAGUUUCAUGUGGUCAUGUGAGUCUGUAUUCAACUAAUUCAGUGUGUUGUGUGGGAGUGGCUGGUAAGUAAUAGUUGCACAUAAGAAAACUGCAUCACUCAUGUAAAGAUAUUGCCUCAUUGGCUACUAAGAGUGUUAAUAAACUAUAAUACACUUCAGCAUAACCGGUACUAAAUAUCACCCUAAAACAGGUCAUGAGAUAGAGAUGAUUACUAAGAUAUACCACACAACCCAAUAAACUACACAUGGUAUUAUCAAGUGGAACUAGCUAGCAAAAAUACUCUAUUUGUUAUACAAAUCCCUCUGAAACAUUAUGUUGAUAAAAUUAUUAUUAAGGCUGCAAUAGGUAAUAGACAAUGGCUACAUGAUCAAGGGAUGUGUCACUUGUCGACUGCGAACGAGGUAGUGGACAACGUUUAUGGUAUUAAAGUAUCCUGAACCAGUUUCUAUUAUUUACAAUCAGUUCAUUUCUCUUGUGUAAACUGUCUAGGUCGUUAUGUAGUUACUGGCAUCAUGUUAGCUAUUAAAGAUUUUCCUCUAA